UUCCUGCCAUUUUACAUCAAGGAAAACUUACCACAGAGAGUCACAAGUACUGUAACCAGUGAAGGUGGAGAACUGGUUGGGGAAAGUGUCAAACUAAUUUGCCCUCCGGGGGCUGUUUACAAUUCCUUGUCUGUGUGCGUAACAUUAGAGGACCCUUCCAAGUACUAUGGACUCCUCGUCCUUAAGGAUCUUGAGAACGAUGUCAUGUUUGGUGCACCCAUCAUCAGUCUCGAACCCAGUGGUCAUUUAUUUUUCAAGCCUUUGACGCUGGUAAGCAAGUUCAGCGGAACCUUUAAUUGGGAUGACGUUCUCAUCUUGCACGGUUCAAAGACUGAGGGGGGAAAGAUCAACUGGCAAGACAUAUCUCACAACUCAAAGAUAGACGAAGCAAAUACAGAAUUAGUUAUUGAAAUCGAGCACUUUUCAAUCAUCGCAAUUCUGCGUAGAUUGAGCAGAUCUAGUCUACUUCGGACCAAAGACAUUGUAUCAAGGCUCAACUUGCAAGCAUUUAACUACAAUUUGUCUGUGCUGCUGAACAAGAGUAAUCCCUCUUUAGUGCGAGACGAACUUGCCCUACUGUUCGAUAGUCAGGGCGUCUACAAUGAGAAAUUCUACAGAGAAGACGAGGCGUCGUCUGCUUUGAUGCAGCUUAAAAAACAAGGGUUCGAAGAGCUUCAUGUACGUUGUAGUCCGGAAGAAAAGGGCAUCUACAACAAUGAAACCCUUCAAGUUAAUGUUCGCCUUGGGGAAGACUACAAACUAGCUGACAGCCAGCAAGCAACUGUUAGUUUUACCGUCCAUUCCUCUGAGUGGUGGCAUGAAGGAAAGGUUGUGAGAAUUCCUCUUGAACGGAAUAAAAACGUAACGAGUCUAUGUGGGAAGGUCAGUGUACGUGGGGAGUAUGGACACAAGAGUGAGAGAAAUUUCAACGAACGAGGUAAGAUUGACAUCCUUACUAUAAUAAACCUGACAACUGAUUUAUUUUAGGAGGGUUUAGAUUAAAAAAGGUGAAUUGAGUGAUAUGUGACAAGCUGAGGCAAGCUUCGUGUUUCCUGGAGCUGUAUCUUCUAAGAAAAAAGAUUACUAAUUAAUCGUUACCGAGAUUUUUAGGUUAUAACGUCUUACCUGAACACUAACCACUUGCUGACCGACAAGCAAUUUGAGUUUCCGACCAAAACACUCGACGGUUACUGCUCUCUCAGGUUUUGCCGAUGACGUUCUUAGUAACAUGGAGCAAGGGAAUCUCUAUGGAGCUGUAUUCUUGGAUUUGUCAAAGGCUUUCGAUACUGUUACCAAUGGUGUUCCUCAUGAGACCACUAGGGAGCAUCCUAGGGCCCUUACUUUUCCUUGUUUACUUAAAUGA